GCUGUCUUUGUUCAGAUCGAAUAAUUCAAGAUUUAUAAAUAACACCAAAUAUUAUUUGAUAAUCGUGAAUGUCAUUCCUGCUAGCAAAAAAAGCCGUUUUUUUUAAAUGCAUUUUGUCAAGUCAUCAAUCAAUUCAGUAUAUCGCUAUCAUAGGACCUUUGUAUUGAAAUAAGGUCGGACUGGAAGUUGUGACGCAGACAUGGCAACCGCUCAAAAACAGUUGUGCUGUUUUAUCGUUGUUUGUUUUCUUAGAGAUACUAUUUCUUUAAAAAUCUUAAAUGUUUAUUAGGCUUGAACUAGUUUAUUAUUUUAAUGUGGUGGUUGUGUGGGCCUAUAAUAAUGGUGGAGUGAAUGAAAGGAUGAAAAUAAUGAAGUUUUGAGCGGCACAGCAGCGCGCGCUCGCGAGGUUUGGUAUCGGGUCGCGCGCGCGUCAGUGUGGACAUCAUCGGAAAGCAUUUCAGUUUUAAUAUAUAUGUUGUAUACGUGUAUUAUAUAUUAACCAAUUAAGCAAUGGUAACCACCUUUUGAAGCCUUAAAACGUUCAGUCAUCAGAAAUGGACAAAUACACAGCAUGUGUAUGGCCACGUCUGGAGCCCUUCCUGAUCGGGGUGCUUCCUGCCACACCCCCAAGCAAAUUCAGCAUGCAUUAUCUGCGCAAGAUGGCUUGUUACGUCCGGACCCGGGACGGCUGCUUCCCCAGGCUUGGCUGGCACAUGUGGCGACACAUCGCUUGUGGCAAACUGCAGCUGGCAGAGGAGCUUGCCUGGCUGUAUUUUGAAACUUUUGAUCUGUUGAUGCUUCGUUCUGCAGAGCAAAGAUUAGAGUGGGCAGAAGCUCUGUCGCAGUGCCACACUCCUAAGGAACUCGACAGGCAGCGUUGUAAGCUGUCAGUGGACACUCUGCAGUUUCUACUGUUCCUGUAUCUACAGCAACUGAACCGAAUCUCUCUCCGCACGUCACUGAUUGGGGAAGAGUGGCCAAGUCCCAGAUCACGAUCUCCCUCUUCCUGCUCUGAGAGAGACACCAAAAUAAGCUCCCAAAAUAAGAACUGGGACGACCAGGCUCAUCUUACUUUCAUCCAGACACACCUGUCUGAGCUUUUGGAGUUACUAGUGGAGCCAGGCCAACUGAGCAGUUCAGGACAGGUUCUGCGUGACAGCCAGCUCACUUCAGAGGCCCUGGAAAGCCUUAGUUUGUUGCUGGAAGGAACUGUGAGCCAUAGCCGUACCGUGCACCCAAUCCACAAGCUCCUCAGCCGCUCGCCACUGCAGUCCCAGGCAGGAUUCUCCAAACUCAGCCGCUCCUACUCUCUGCAGCAGUUCCAGGGGUUUCUGCAUCAGGCCCUUUGCCUCAAUCCCUUCGGCAUCUCCACCUGCUCAGAGUCGGGAAAGAGACUGGCAUGGGCACUGCAAGUAGAGGGUACCCUAAAGAAAGCCAAAAUAUUCAGAAAUACCCACAUGGCUCCUCUAGGAAGUCGACUGUUGCUCGUGUCGCAGGUCUGCAAACAGACGUUGGCCAAAGACUCUGAAAAGCUGAAUAAUGCUAACGUCAAACUCCACCGCUGCAGUGAGGCUUUCAUCUACCUUCUCUCUCCUCUGAGGUCCGUGACCUUGGAUAAGUGCAGGAACAGUACAGUGGUUCUCGGCCCGGUGGGGACCAGCGUCCACAUUCAGAGCUGUGAGAAUGUACGUGUGGUGUGUGUGGCCAGCCGUCUGACCGUAGGUGGCUCUUCUAAUUGCACAAUCCAUGCCCUCACCCCUACUCGACCCCUUCUCCUUCCUGGAAAUGUCUCUCUCACACUGGGCCCCUUCCACACACAUUAUCCCACUCUAGAGGACCACAUGGCUAGCGUGGGCCUAGCUGUGGUUCCCAACUUAUGGGACCAACCUCUGCUGUUUGGAGCCGAGGGUUCCUCUACAGACACUAGCUGCUACCGUAUCCAGCCCCCCUCUGAGUUUUACCCAUUGGUGAUACCCUUUCAAAUGGAGGGGGAUAACUGUGAGAUGCCUUGGGGCCUGCCGGCAGACUACCAGAAGGCCGUGGAGAGCCGAGAGAAGACGAUAGAGGAUUGGCAGAAGACUGUGAAGGAAGCACACCUACACAAGGUCCAGAGGCGGCAGUUUCAGGCCUUAGUGGAGCAAAAGUUUCAUGAGUGGUUGCUUAAGACGGGACAAAGACAAGAGCUUGACAGCCUCCUCCCUCCUGCCCUCACCCCCUCCACCUCUGUGGACCACUGGCCUUCCAGCCACACCACUAACUCUGGGCCGACAGUACUCAAAGAACAAACACCUGAACAAGCAAUGGGACGGGCGCCAACUGUUUGCUAAAAGAACAGCUAAACAACCAAAAGCUGUUUUUGCCGUCUCUUUUUUUUUUUUUUUUUCAAAAACUGAUCCUCAAACAUUCGCGUUUUUCUGGUACGAAGGCUGUCAACGCUGUAUCAGGUUUUGACAGGGACUUUGUGUCCUGUCACAUUAUUGAUAUCUAGAAAAAUCUAUGCUGGAUUAGUUUUUAGAGUUGCUGUGUUAUUGCUGCAGGUGUCUGAUAGUUUAAGCAUUGUUACUUUUUGUUAUGAGACACCAGCGAUUCCAGAGGUUGAUAUGCAAGAGAAUAUCAUCCUAAGAGAAUCAUUAUUUAAUUAAAACAGGAAAGGGACCAAUUGCUGCCUUCAUAUGAAUAUAGAGGGAACAGGGAUGAGAUAUGUACUGUAAUUAUUGACAAUAAUUAAUUAUAUGUCAAUCUCAAUUGGUACGUGGCAUAACACAUACACUCACUGAAGAGUUUGCAGUUAUUGCCUCCUGAAAUCUCAUUCCCAGUAUAAAUGUUAAAAUGUCUCCUUUGCUGUAUGUAUGUUCACAAUGCCUUGCACUGUAAUUGCACUAUUACUGUAUCUUCACAAUACAGAUUCCAACAAUGCUGUCACUUAAAAUGUCUCUUGAAUGUAUUCAUGUCUUAAGUGAACAUUUGAAAUAUGUUUGAAUCAGCAUUUUAUAGGUUAGUGUACUUAUUCUAUAGCUUUGUAACAUGAAUAUUGACUAGUAAUUUGGUUUCUUAAAGUUGAAAUGGUUUGGUUGUUUAAUAAACCAUAAUUUGAAGACAAUUUUAGCUAUUUGGACUUUAAACUCUGAAACUGAACACCCCGUAUAUUUCUUUUGAGAUUUAAUGGCCAUAUUGAAUCAAUAGCACUUAGCUUUAGCUUGCUGAAUGGAGUAUAUGUGUGUAAUGCCUCUUUAAUUCAGCGAGCGGCAAUUAUUUUUCAUCUUACCUCGAAUUCUGGUAGUACUUAAAUUGAAUGGAAUUUGUUUAUAGAACCUCAAUUACUGAUGAAGUACCUUUCUGCUGGUAUACAGCAGUGUUAUUUUAGUAUUAUACAGGGUUCCUACUGGGUUUGGAAAAGUAUGGAAAAAAACAAAGCAGAGUAUGGAAAAAUGUUUGUGUUUCCAGACUUUUGCCCCAUUUAGUUUUUUUAUAAUAGAAAAUUCAGAAUUUAAUGAAAAUAAAUUUAUCGUACAAGAAGUGAGGUUUCACGGCAGCUGUUGAGUGAUUCUUUAGUGAUCGCCAAACAUGACUGAAUGAAUUCAAGGUGCGCUUUUUCAUUAUGCAAAAUGCAGGUUAGAAGUAGGGCUGGGCGAUUUUACCGAUUUUAUCGAUUAAUACGAAUUUUGCCACGAUUUUAUUUUUUAGAAAUCGAGGAAUCG